AUGAAAAGUUGCAUCAUCUUGGUAUAUGUGGAUGAUCUCAUCCUGAGUGGUGAUGAUGAAGAUUCCAUCAAAGAAAUGAAAUUAGCUAUGGAUAAGGCUUUUACUAUAAAGGAUUUGGGUCCUUUAAGAUUUUUUUUAGGGAUUGAGGUGGCAAGAUCUGCCAAAGGUACAAUGAUAAAUCAGAGGAAAUAUGCACUUGACAUUGUGCAUGAUACUGGGGUUGAAAACUGCACACCACACAGUUUUCCUUUUCCUAAAGGAGUUAAAUUGUCUACUGAGGAAGGAGAGAUGCUUGAAGACCCUGAAAUGUAUCGGAGAUUAGUUGGAAGACUCUUGUAUCUGAAUCUCUCCAGACCUGAUCUUUCUUUCUCUGUACAACAACUGAGUCAGUAUCUCAGUUGUCCUAGAAAACCUCAUAUGCUAGCAGCUAUACAUGUGGUGAAAUACCUAAAAGGAACUAUAGAUCUUGGUCUAUUCUAUCCUAGUGAUUCUGAGCACACUUUGCAAGCCUAUAGUGAUGCUGAUUGGGGAAGUUGUGCAUAUAGUGGAAGGUCUCUCACAGGUUUUUGCAUCUUCCUAGGAAAAUCCUUGGUGUGCUGGAAAACAAAGAAGCAAAAGGUGGUCUCCAAAUCCUCCUGUGAGGCAGAAUUUAGAAGCAUGUCACAGACCACUAGUGAGAUUGCUUGGGUAACUGGCAUUUUUGAAGAUCUUCAACAUGAGCUUCCUAAACCUAUUCCCUUAUUUUGUGACAACAAGUCAGCAGAAUACAUUGCACACAAUCCUGCUCUUCAUGACAGGACAAAGCAUCUCAAGUUAGAUUGCUAUUACAUUAGAGACAACAUAGAAGAUGGGACAAUCAGUACCAUACAUGUGAAAUCUUCUAUGCAGUUGGCUGAUUUGAUGACCAAGUCUCUUCCCUCCCAACAGCAUUGGUUUCUUUCUUCCAAGUUAGGACUUGUCUUUGCUAGCCAACUCCAACUUGAAGGGGGGGUGUAG